UGUGAAGAUUGAAGAAGAAUUCAGAGUCAAACAAGAAGAUACUGAGGAACCAACAGACUUGAUGCUGCCAAAAGAGGAGAGUCAAGAAUGGAAUGAUUUAAAGGAGGAGAAAGAUCUGGUUGAGAAACAAAAUGAUUUCAUAAAUGGAGAAAAAUCUUUUAGCUGCUUACAGACUGAAAAGACUUUCACACAACAAAGUGCUCAAGUGCUUUCCUGCAUUCAGUGUGGAAAGAGUUUCACUGAAAAAGGAAACCUUAAUGUCCACAUGAGAAUUCACACUGGAGAGAAGCCUUUCAGCUGCCAACAGUGUGGAAAAAGUUUCAUUCAAAAAGAAAGUCUUAAAAGCCACAUGAGAAUUCACACUGGAGAGAAGCCAUACACCUGCCCUCAGUGUGGAAAGAGUUUUUCACAUAGAGCAACAAUUAAUGCCCAUAUGAGAAUUCACACGGGAGAGAAGCCGUUCACAUGUGAUAAGUGUGAUAAGAGCUUCAGGCUUAAAGUAAACCUUUCUGGCCACAUGAGGAUUCACUCAAGAGAGAAUAGUUUUCUAUGUCAUCAGUGUGGAAGGAGUUUCAUAGACAAUAAACACCUUAAGAAUCAUGUAAUAACCCACACCGGAGAGAAUCCUAUAAUGUGCCAUCACUGUGGAAAAUCUUUCUCAAACAAUACAAAACUUAAGGUUCACAUUAGAGUUCACACUGGAGAGAAGCCUUUCACCUGCCCUCAUUGUGGAAAGAAUUUCACAAUUAAAGGAAACCUAAACAGUCACAUGAGACUUCACACUGGAGAGAAGCCUUACACAUGUCAUCAGUGUGAGAAGAGAUUUGCAUAUCACACAGAUUUCAAACGUCAUUUGCAAACUCAUUCUGGAAAGAAAUUGCAGGACUCUUCAGUGUGACAAGGUAGGGAUGGGCGAUAUAUCGCAUGCGAUUGUCAUGCACAUUUCGUCAGUAAAGCCGGUUCCCUGAUUACCGCUAAAUCACCAUCACCUGCUUUCAAAUGGAGCGGCAUUUAAUAGACAGAGCCGUAGAUCACUGACAAGCUACGCAAUAUUAUCGCAGAUGAAUCGCCUUUAAAAACUGGAAGUCUGCUUAAUUGUGAUCAGUGUAUUAAAGUUUCUUCUGUCCUCACACUUUCAGAUACACCUCAAAAGUCAUGUAGAUGUGAGACAUUUUCUUUUUUGUUCUUUGUGUAAAAAGAGUUUUAACUGGCUCUGCAAUUUAAAAUGGCACCAGAAAAUAUGUUGAAUUAAUUUUGUUUGUACAGUCAUGGCCAAAAGUUUUGGCAGUGAUAUAAAUUUUGUGGUUUGUUGAGAAGAAACAGUCGAGCAACAGAUAAGGACAGCAGUUUGUAAGUGUUUUGCCUCGUUUUCUCAUUAGACUACUGCGUGAUCGUCGUUGCUAGGAAAACUUUGCUUUAUUUACUGUGUGUCUUACCCUGGUAAAUACGUGCUGAAGUGACGCUUGGUUUUGCGUUUGCCUAUCGCGGGACUGGCCAGUUUCGGUCUGCUAAAUAGGAGGCGUGACCAAAGCUAGUGAAAGUACUUAACUAGCUGUUUUGGAAGCUGUUUUAGAUCCUUCAGGGUGUCUUGGAGGGGUGAAGUUUCUAAGUCACAACAACUUGCUACUGGGGUUCCUCAAGGCUCAGUACUUGGACCACUUCUCUUCUCCAUCUACAUGACGUCAUUAGAAU